AAGAAAUUUAUACAUAAAGAGAGAGAGACUGAGAGAAAUCUUGAAGGAGAUGGAGAGCAGAGAUUUAAUCCACGAGCAUCCAUUGAGCUUUAUAGAAGAUCUGAAAGUUGAUGGAGAGAAGGAAGUUGUUUGUGGGGUAUGCGAGGAACCACCAUCGGGUCUCGGGUACAAAUGCUCCGAGUGCGACUUCCUCUGCCACAAAUCAUGCUUCGAGCUACCUGAGAUGAUACAGCAUCCCUUGCACCCAAACCACACCCUUCGUAUCCGAUACCCAUGGGAAGAUUCUUUGUACUGUGCUGCUUGCGGAAAACGUUGCAAAAGGUGCCUCUUAUACCGGUGUGAUCACAGGUAUGCUUGCAAAUUCAGCCUUGACACUAAAUGUGCUUCUCGCUGGCGAGUAAAUAAGGAUGAUUGUCACCAGCACGCGUACGUUCCCAUCUUAAAACAGAUUCAGUUCACUUGCGAAGCCUGUGGCGAGGAAGGCAAGGACGUCUUAUGCCUAUAUUGUACCAUAUGUCAACUCUUGAUUCACACCAAAUGUGCUUCAAUUCCACGCACCAUCAGUAUCUUAAGUCAUCGUCACCCCCUCACGCUCACCUAUUCUGUUCAUCAAGUCAAGGAGCAUGCCAACAUAUUAUGUAGACUCUGCCAUAGGGAGGUAAAUAUAACGUAUGCAAUUUAUUAUUGUCAAAAAUGUGGUUACGCUGCCCACUUGAGUUGUGCAAGAGAUAAUGAGUGGGACAAGGACGUCGACAUGAAUGCUAUCAUUAGUGAGUCGGCGCUCAUUGGAUCCAUUGGCCAUAUAACUGGCUUAUUAAAGGAUAUCAAUCGAGCAAAAAACGAAAGAGGUCUGCCCCGAGAGAUCAAACAUUUUAGUCAUGAUCAACACGACUUAAUCCUAAAUUAUGAGGAGGUCAAGGAUGAUAAACUUUGUGAUGGGUGUAUGCAAUUGAUCUCGCCUCCGUUUUACAGUUGUGCACGAUGCCAAUUCUUUCUCCAUAAUAUAUGUGCUAAACUACCCACAAACUCUACACACUUGAGUCUCCCAUUUACUUUUACCCUCUCCUCACAGGCACCUUUCUCUGAUGCCGCGUUCAAAUGUUGUUUUUGUCAGCAACAUCGCCAUGGAUUCGUCUACAUGUUUAGAGACCUUGAGAACACGAUCAUCGACAUUCAAUGUUUUGCAAUUCAAGAAACCCUUGAGCAUGAGGGUCACCAACACCCACUUUUCUUUGCUGCAACUUCCAUACAAAAAUGCAAAUUUUGUGAGGAAGAAGGUAUUUUUGUAUGCUCUCCUUGCAAUUUGGCCGUGGGUCUUAGAUGUGCAACUCUUCCACUUGAAGCUAGCCAUAAGUAUGAUGAACAUCCCCUCAAACUCACCUACACUACCGAAGACAAAUUUGGAGAAUACUAUUGUCUAAUUUGUGAAAAAGAAAGAGACCCAAACUUCUGGUUUUAUUACUGUACAGAAUGCGAUUUUCCUUCUCAUCCUCAAUGUGCUCUUGGUAAGUAUCCAUACAUCAAGUUUGGUAAAACUUACAAAGAUGAACAUCAUCAACACCCUUUCACUAUUGUCCAAAAGACAGAGUACUCCCCUCCAUGUGAUGUAUGUGGCGACUAUUUCGAUGAGGUGGGCCUAAAAUGUACUCAAUGUAAAUUGACCGUUCAUCCAAGGUUUGGUUUUCCCAAAAAAUAUUGUUUGGAAAACCUAGAUAAUAUAAAUUUGGAAUUUGGGGCAGAGUGAUACGUGGCAAGCAACAUGCACGCAUAAAAGGGAGGGGAUGAGGAAGUAAAUGAUUGGGUAUCUGCAGCAACAAGCGUCGUGCAACAAGGAACUUUCAAGAGGAAGAGGAUUACCCUCAUUAGUACCUUCUUUUUCUUCUUUCUUUUUUUCUUUUUUUAUGAAUAACUGUCAUCAGUAUCUUGUUAUUUUUAUCUGUUAUCUUCAUUAACAAUUGUUAAGUGUCAACAGUGGGUUAAUUCUCUAUGAGUGUAGCUACAUUCUUAUCAUAA